UAUGCAAACAACAAAGAAUGAUGGCAUUCAAUAAAAAAGAAACACGACACAAUUAAGUGAACAAGUUACGCACGUUAUGUGUUUGUGGUUUUUAAUAAAACAAUACCAGAAAAAGAGUUGUCCAGGAGGUUACGAUAAUGAUAUCAUCGGCAACCAAUCCCAAAUCUCCCUCACCCUAAAACCCCUUUUUCCUUUAUUUUCGCCGGCGACAAGGUCUUCUCUUGAAACUUCAAAGAUCCAGCUUUCCACCAACUCUAGAUGGGUCCGCAGUUAUUUAUCAUGAAUCAGAAUCACACCACAUACUUGUUGAAUUGGUAAACUGAGAAGAGAUGGUGGGCAAUGGUAAGCUAGGCCGGUGGAGAUUUUCUUUAAGGUCUUCGGCGGCGCCGGCGAAGAAAUCGGAGAAGACGAAGCCUCUCGUUGAGUUUAUUUGUCCGAUUUCUGGUUUAUUGAUGCUUGAACCGGUUGUGGUUUCCUCUGGCCAGACAUUUGAGAAGACAUCCGUUGACGUCUGUAAAGACCUUAAGUUUGUUCCAGUUCUCGCCGAUGGGUCGAGGCCUGAUUUUUCGACCGUGAUCCCUAAUUUAGCUCUUAAGAAGGCGAUUCAUAGCUGGUGUAUGUCGACGGGGGCGGAUUUACCUCGGGAUGUGGAUUAUAGCUCCAUUGAGGAUUCAGUUCGUAGGAUGAUGGCUUCUUCAACUCAAAGUGAAGGUGAUUCGAGGUUUAGGGAUUCGGAGAGGAAUUUGCUUAAAGGAAUGGCGGAGAAGCCGCCGGUGAUUUUGACGCACGCAGCGACGGAAUUGAAUCCUCGAUCUAUUCCUCAUCAUCAUCAUCACUUUUACUCCUCGAGUUCAGAAGAAUCGGUGCUCGCGAACGUUCCAGAUACUCCACCGCUUCCAUUCGUGACACGUCCGUCUUGCUAUUCAUCUUCUCCUUCCGCUUCAACGUCGUCGGAGAUAGUCGUUGACGAAACCCCAGACCCUAACUCAUCCACCUCCGACGAACAACAUUUCGCAUCAAAGCUCCAGAGCCCCGACAUUUUCGAGCAAGAACAGUGUGUGAUUUCGCUGCGGAAAGUCACCAGGACCGAUGAAGAACUUAGGGUUUCUCUCUGCACGCCGCGGCUGCUCUCAGCACUCCGCCAGUGUCUCCUUUCGAGGUACGCCACCGUUCAAACUAACGCCGUCGCCGCUCUAGUGAACUUAUCGCUAGAGAAUGCAAACAAGCUGAAGAUCGUCCGGUCGGGGAUCGUUCCGCCGUUGAUCGACGUGUUGAAGGCCGGAGUUUCCGAGUCUCAAGAACACGCCGCCGGCGCGCUCUUCAGCCUCGCACUGGAGGAAGAGAACAAAACAGCCAUCGGCGUCCUAGGUGCGUUGCAGCCGUUGCUUCACGCUCUGCACUCCGACAGCGAGCGAACUCGGAAUGACUCAGCUCUAGCGUUAUACCAUCUCUCUUUGAAACAGAGCAACAGGGUCAAACUCGUGAAACUCGGCGCCGUUUCAACUCUGUUAACAAUGCUUGAAACUGGUCUUGCCGGAAGGGUAUUACUAGUAUUAUGCAAUCUAGCCGCUUCCAAUGAAGGUAAAUCAUCGUUGCUAGACUCAAAUGCAGUGGAAUGUUUAUUUCGGAAAUUGAGAACAGAAAAUGUCAACUCCGAAGAGUCAACCCGUGAGAACUGUGUGGCGUGUUUGUACUCAUUGAGUCAUGGAAGUAUGAGGUUCAAGGGGUUGGCGAGGGCGGCAAGAGGGGCGGAGGUGCUGCGUGUGGUGGAGGAGAAUGGAAGUGAGCGGGCAAGAGAGAAGGCAAAGAGGAUGCUGAUGAUGCUCAGGGAACGGGAUGAGGCCGGAGAGAGUGUGGAUUGGGAUGCUAUAUUGGAGGGAGGAGUGAGUCAGACUCUGUUCAGAGGGAGUUCGACACAGUUCUAAUGGGGUUUAGUUAGUGUAGUUGUUUUUGUUAAUUUAAUUUCAUAUAAAUUGUUUUUGAGUUGUGGUUGGUGGUAUGCAAUGUUAUGUUCGUUUGGGUGGAAGGAAAUAAUUGUAAAUAAUAAUUUUUGUAACCCUUCUCUUUGUAAAACACUUUGUAAAGCUUUUUUUAGGUGUUUUGCUUUGAAAA